UUUAUCAUCACAUCUGUCACCCAACUCUGUCGUUAACAUCAACAUCCAUUCUUCUCUGCACAUAAUCAUCGACGCAUCUUCUCAUCAGCCAACAACUACUUUACCAUCAACAUCAUCAUCACCAUCAAUAUGAAGUCCUUCGCCAUUGCCGCUGCCUUUGCCGGUGCCGCCGUUGCCCUCCCCCAAGGUGUCAACGAGGCCAUUGCUCCCCAAGAGGCCACUCCUCAGGGCUGCUCGACCAGCUUCAACGGUCCCUUCUCCAUCUCGAUUGCUAACGUCACCACCAACGCCAAGCGUGAUCUUGAGAGACGUCAGGACAAGGUCCUCACCAUCACCCUCGCCAACGGUGUCUUGACUGACGAUGAGGGCCGUACCGGUUACAUUGCUGCCAACAACCAGUUCCAGUUCGACAAGCCCGCUCAGACUGGUGCUAUCUACACCUCUGGCUUCUCCGUCUGCAGCAACGGCACCCUUGCCAUCGGCAACUCUGCCAUCUUCUACCAAUGCUUGAGCGGCGACUUCUACAACCUGUACGACGAGUCCACUGGCAACCAGUGCUCUCCCAUCUACAUCAACGUCCUCGCUGCCGGUGGUUCUUCCGCCUCUGCUGUUGCCAGUGCUAGCGGUGCCGCCACCCAGAUUGGCGAUGCAUCCACUGGCGCUCCUGUCACCCAGAUCUCCGAUGGCCAGAUUCAGGCCUCUACUGGCGGCGUUCCCGUCACUCAGAUCUCCGACGGCCAGAUCCAGGCUCCUACCUCCACCGCCGUCAAGGUCACCCAGAUCUCCGACGGUCAGAUCCAGGCACCCACCACCGGUGCUCCCGUCACUCAGAUCUCUGACGGCCAGAUCCAGGCUCCUACUGCCACUGGUGUCAAGGUCACUCAGAUCUCCGACGGUCAGAUCCAGGCCCCUACUGGUGGUGCCACCACUCGUGCUUCCAACGGCACCCAGGUGAACGCUGCCACCGCUUCGCCCAUCGUCUCCUACACUGGCGCUGCUGCCAUUCCCACCUUCGCCGCCGAGAUGGUCAUCGCUGCUGGUGCCUUCGCCGUCGCCUUCCUGUAAGCGCCUUUUUGCUUGCAUGGACACUUUUCUUUUUACAACCAUUCUCACGACUACUCGCUUCCGCCAUGAUAUUCAUGUUGAUAAUGGGCAUUUUGGGCUUAUCGGGAGGGGGUUUGUUCAUUCUUGACGUCCCUCGUCGGUGAGACAAGGGUCAAUACGAGGUUGAGGUUUGGGCAAUAGGACUACGCCUACUAAUGUUUGAUCGGAGCGAGGAAUGAGGUGCUCCCGACAGGGAGGUAAUAAAGGCGUACAUCGUCUUGGAAAACUGUUUUCCGCAUUUUCUUAUUUGCAUUUUCUGGUUGGCAUGAUACCUUCUUGCAUCCCGGAGUCUGCUUUCUUUGUCAUUCCUUGUGCAUAUAGCCAUUACUCUUUUUUCUUUCGGAUAGACACCUUUGUCUGUCAAUGAUCAAGUCUUCUACCAUUACGUUUCUGUCUUGCUUCCUCUCGCCUGUGA